AUGCUCAGCUCGCGCCCUAUCUCUAUCCACGCUGAUGGCCCCGUCCAAUAUGGUGCCUUUAAGACUCCCGGAAGGACCGCGCACAAGAGCCGAAAUGCUCUUCAAGAAAACGCGAUUCAUCACGGAGCGAGAACCAUGCUAAAUGUCAAGAGCAAUAAGGCACCCUUUCAGACACCUAUGAAGGAUGACUCUCUUAAGCCACAGAAUAUUUUCAAAGAUGGUACACAACCCACGAAAGCAACUAACACAACGUCGCGUCCACUUCAGGACAAAACCCCAUUCCCAAACCGCCAGCGCAACCUAGCCGAUGCGAACACCCCUGCACCUUCCAUUGGCAAACUUGUUAAACUCGCUGCGCUGGACGCACAUCUCACCAUCCCAGACAUCACGAUCACUCCAGGCGCGCUACUUCGACCGGGUUCCGGCCGAAAGAGCACUCGCCCGCGACGAAGCCCAGCCUUGAAUUUCAAGACGCCUAUCACAAAGGGGCGUCAUUGGGAUGUGAGCGACAUCGACAUCGUAGUGCCUGUAGAAGAAGCAGAGAAAACGGAAGAAGUGCUGGAAGAUUACGAUGAGCUCGAAUAUAUGCCUCCGACUGCUAUCGAAGAUCCACCUUAUGAGCCCGCAUUUGAUAUGCCGGACUAUAAGAUCGCUGGAGCGAACUUGCGCAAGCAGAUGUAUAGCUAUUACUACGAUGACACUGCCGACCUGUACUAUGCCGCCGACAGAGAGAAUAUGGGCAAAGGUGUGCUAGAGGCCAGUGGUUUUACUGCGUCUCCUUCCGGAUGGGAGAAGCUAGAACUCCCUGAGUUAGAGGACGAUAGUCCCUUCGCAUUACCCUCCUCCACAACGUCAAACCCUGCGACGAAAAACUCUUCUGCAGCUUCUCGGGCCGACACUUCGUCAAAACUCCAACCACCAAGUACGAGAAAGCCGUUAAACUGCACGUUACCCACAGCUGCAUCACGGCUAGCCUCCCUCCGCGCUGCGUCGAAAGCACCGUCCACACGCUCUACCCCUACAACCAGGCCUCCUGCAGCUCCUGCAGGAAGGUCUCUGUCUCGGAUCCCCGCUAGCGCUUCCCGGAAUACAAUCCCUCCACCGAUGCACUCUCGCACAACAUCUGUCACGACAACUUCACGUCCUGCAACCUCAGCCGCCACUCGUGCCCCUUCGUCCCGAGCUAUUGCGUCCAGCAUUGCUCGACCUGCCACGUCUAUCGCAUCGCGUUCAACGAACAACCGCAGCACGACCGUUCGAACUAGAUCAACUGCCACGAUCACGGCAAGCUCGACACGUAGCAGUAUACACGCUGAAUCGUCUGCGGAUAAGCUGAUCUUUGCUUUUGAGGGCGCACCGCAGGACGAGAAUGAGUUCAGAUUCGAUGUUUAA